AUGUUUACACUCUCCCACAUAACCUUUCUCUACUUCAAUUUACUGGUUCAUCGUUGCUUCAAACUUCCCUCUGAUUCAUUCUUAUUCAUCAACACCGUGACCUUUAUGUUGCAGAGCUUCCAUAAUAAGAAAUCUCUCCCGGUUUCUAAUAACACCACAUAUGACCCAUCACCACCACCAGCGGGAGUCAGAAUGCACCAAAGGAUCUCCUCAAUGACAUUUCAUAUCCAACCACCAACAAUGUCAGAUACAACCGUGUGGGUCGUGGGCGUUAUGCAUCUCCAAAUCAGUAUCUUCAAUGGGGAAUCGGCGUCCACAUCCAUCAGGAACUGGUAG